GUGUGCUUGUAUGGGUGAGGCUGGGGCCUGAUACCGGUUUUGAUGUUCCUUCUCUGGGCACCAAGGCUGCACAGAGCACUAGCCACUGCAGGAUCACUAGCCACAUGUCCUCAGACAGUACCGGUACAGACAGUUUCUCCCAGUCCUCCUCUCCAGUCUCAGAUGGGAUGUCCAUAAAUUGGCUUGCCAUCUGACACGAGGGCCAUCUACUGCCGUCACAACUGUGGCUGUGCCAAUGUCACCUCUUAAGAAGCCUAUCUCAUCCAUAUUGUAGAUAUCCUCAUCUUGGAUACCAUGCUUGUUUGCCACAUUCUUAAGAAGCCGGAAAUGUUCCCUAAUCACCUCAGGAUCCUCCUGUUUUGCUCUUUGAUAGUCGUAUUUCUUGCUCUAUGCAAUUCGCACUUUAGGGGUACGUUUAACGUAGUUAUCCACCCAACAUUUGCCGACCGGUGGCUUACCCUGCAGUUGACGCAGCAUAUUGGCUGUGUCUUCGACCAUCCAUUUGCGAGGAGGAUAACCACAGGCAGCAAGAUCCAAUAUCCACCCGGUCAAUGUUUGUUCUUCAUCGUCGUCAAGGUUUCUGCCGUUUGCGAUGGUUUUGGCGCGUGGAGGAUGACCUCGAAGGCGGCGUCGGAGUGUUUCAUAGUUCACGCGAUAUAUACGCGAUGCUUCUUUAAUACUUGGGAUUUGGUUGCUUCGUAAUGCAUGUAUAGCGCAGUCAAUUCUUCCUUCUUGCGUACAGUCUUGGAUCUUUGAAUUUACGGGCAUGGUGGUGAUGAGGAUAGGUGGGUGUGAUGUUUGGUG